CAGUGCCGAAUUACUCCGCCGGGUGCGCUCUGAUCGGCCUCGACCCGUCUGGCACAGCGUAUGCGAUCAGCCUGAGCCCCGUGGGCGCGAUCCCUGGCCGGCCGGGCAGAUGCUGGGCGCGAUGGCCGACCUUGCCCUCGCCCCGGUAACGCGGCAGGUCAGCGGCCGCGCCGCCCCGGCCGCAGUCCCUAGCGGCCCCGAGCGCGGGCAGCCCCUGGCCGCAACAGUGGCCGAGCUGUCUGUGCUGGACGCCUCCGGGAGGCAGGUGCCGUUCGGCGCGCUGUUUCGGGAGCGCCGGGUUAUCGUGGUCUUCGUGAGGCAUUUCCUGUGUUACAUCUGCAAGGAAUACGUAGAAGAUCUGGCCAAAAUCCCCAAGAGUUUCUUACAAGAAGCAAAUGUCACCCUUAUAGUGAUUGGACAGUCAUCCUACCAUCAUAUUGAGCCUUUCUGCAAACUGACUGGGUAUUCUCAUGAAAUCUAUGUUGAUCCUGAGAGAGAAAUUUAUAAAAAAUUAGGAAUGAAAAGAGGUGAAGAAAUUGCCCCUUCAGGAAAGAGUCCCCAUAUAAAAUCAAAUGUACUCUCGGGAAGCAUUCAGAGCCUGUGGAGGGCAGUGACUGGCCCUCUUUUUGAUUUUCAAGGAGACCCUGCUCAGCAAGGUGGAACCCUCAUUUUAGGUCCAGGUAACAACAUCCAUUUUAUACACCGUGAUAGAAACAGGUUGGAUCACAAACCCAUCAACUCUGUUUUACAGCUUGUAGGAGUUCAGCAUGUGGACUUUACAAGCAGAUCUUCAGUUAUCCAUUGGGGCCAGAGUGAUAACAUGGACCAUGUGAAACUUGGAGACAAGCUUUCUAAAGAAGAAACAUCAUCUACUCCAAAGUUACCAGUUAUUUUAAGAGGAGUGUUCCAGAAAAUAAUUAAAGAUGUACAGUUACAUAAGGGUGAAUCUACCUAGGACAAAGGAAUAUUUUGGAGAACUUCUUCCCUAGUUCUUUUGCUUUUCACUGUGCUGCCCAUAAUGCUGAAGAUUAUAACCAGAUGCAUCUGUUUUCUAAGCUCAGACAAGUCAAGGAAAGACAACUGGAAUCUUGAAGAAUGUUUCAGUAUCCACUCCAGCCCUGCACUGUCACUUCUGUGGGUUCCCAUGUCCUCACUGUGAAAUGGCAGCCUUGGACCAAAUAUUGUCUAAAGUGCUUUCAAGCUCUAAAAUUUUAUGAUCAAUGGUCAAACAGUGAACAAUAAACUAACCAAUCAACCAAGCAAACUGAACUACAUUUCUUAUGGCCAAUUUCUCAGAGCUUAGAGAUUAGCUUAUUAAAUGUCAGUAAGAGUCAAAUUACUCAAGAGAAGUGCCACACAUGAAAACAAAUAUCGUAGAAAGGCCACUUUUCUGUCACUACCUAAACAUGACCUAAAAAGAAAAUAUAAACAGGGUUUAAAAUUUCGAUGUGUGAGAGCAAGGUUAAGUGUCAGACUUUGCCUCAGGUCAAGAAAGAGAGACAACCCCACAGUUUGCAAGAGUUGGUGAGUUUGAGCCCUGAAUCGGGCUCUGUGCUUAUAGCUCAGAACCUGCAGCCUACUUUGGAUUUUGUAUCCUCCCCUCUCUCUGGCCCUACCCCGCUUGUGCUCUCUCUCAAAAAUAAAUAAACGUUAAAAAAAUAAAAUAAUUUCAGUGUGUGUACUUAGUGUAUGGAUUUCCUAUUCCUAAGAAUGUGAGACAUUUCUGCAAAUUUACAAACUGUAAUUAUAUACUUUCUUAACAAUGUUAUACUAACAAAAGCAUAAAAUUCUGUUUGUAAAAUGUGAAAAUGCUUAAACAGUGUAAUUAUCUGUACUUAUAUUUUCCCUCAUUUAUUGGAAUCAUAUGCAUUUUGUUAGAAUUUCCAGUCUAAACACUAAAUUUGUAGUUGAAAGAAAAUGAACUGAUGUAAGUGAACUUCCUGGCACUUCAGUCUUAGUUUGACAUUUAGAUAAGCCACCCUCAAAUAAAUAGAAUGUCAUAGGGUACUUGAAUUUCUUUAAUUCUAGGGAGCCAAGAAAACAACUCCCAUGUAGUAUCUACCUGUUCAAAACAAGACCUACUUGGAUGUUAACUAGACUUGCUGUGGUGAUUAUUUUGCACUAUAUACAAAUA